AUGGGCGAGGAACGUUCGGUGAACUAUAGUACGCCGUCGGAUGGAGGGUCGGCGUUGAUUAUCGUGAGUGUGGUGUUGUCCGUGGUGCAGAUCGUCUUUGUUGCGGCGCGGUUUUAUACGCGCUAUAUGCAGCGGAUGAAAUGUGGACUCGAUGACUAUGUUAUGCUCUUUGCCCUGGUAAGGCGAUUCCCUUGCGAUUUGAUCUCAGCGCAGGGCGGUGCUAACAAAUUCACCUCUCAGGCUGGAAGUUUGGCAAAAGCAAUCCUCUACAUCGUCUUGGUCGAAUUGGCAGGACUCGGGUAUCAUCUUGAUGAACUAAGCCAACCAAAACAGAAAGUAGCACUCAUCCGAAAGUCUUUCUUUGUCCUGGAGCUACUAGACGUCCCCCUCUGCAUCACGCCUGCCAAAAUCUCCCUUCUCCUCUUCUACAUCCGCAUCUUUUGCAUCCGCAAAUUCCAGAUCCUCGUCUACCUCGUGGGAUCUCUAGUCCUGGCCAUUGGCAUCACCGUCUUCUUCCAGACAAUCUUCCAAUGCUCACCCAUCUCUUAUGGCUGGGAUCGGAGCAUCGGCCAUGGCACUUGUAUUAACCAAACCGUGUUCUACCGGUAUAUCUCACCGCUCAAUGUUUUGACUGGCAUUUUGAUCCUCGCUAUGCCCUUGCCAUUGGUGUGGAAACUUCAAGCACCAAAGGCACAGAAGGUGGCUUUGACUGCAGUUUUCCUCCUGGGUGGACUCGGAACUGUGGCGAACAUCCUUCGAAUGGUGCUUUUUAUGAUUAACACUUCUACACACCAUAGUGAUAUUACCUGGUUCUCCAUCAGACUAGCCAUUCUGUCCGUCGUCGAAGGCGCAGUCAUCAUCAUCGCCUCUUGCCUCGUAACAAUCUGGCCCCUAGUCAUCCGCCUUACACCCCAACGCCUCCUCUCCGCUCUACCCGGUUCCACCCCUCCAUCCCGAGAACAUCACCAAUAUUGGUACAUGCCCACACGCCUGCAAACCAAAAGUGAAGCCGCCCUCGCAGACUCAAGAGCAAUUAGUACCCCCCGAGAACCAGAAUCAAAGAGUCCCUGGUACAGCUCACACUCCUCGUUCGAGGAUCUAGAAGAUCAAAGAUGGUGGAGUUACGAAGAAGGGGAUGAAAUUAGGCCCUGCGGGGCCACUUUCGUGUCACUUAGAACAAAAGUUGAGACUCAUCAAUAA